UCUCUAUCUAUUGUCCUCAAUGAAAUGAAAAUGACCCCAUUUUCCUUCAUUUCUAGUCCUCUUCUUCUUCAUCAUCGCCUCCAUCUUCUUGCAUGUUAGAUUUGCUCCAACCAUUGGCCCUAGCUCUGACUGCUCAUAGUCCGUCAUGGAACCUAACCAAUCCCAGCCACCGCAAGGCCUGACCCAGGAAGAAUAUGCAGAGCUGAAGCCCUUAAUAGACACAUACCACAAAUUUGAGGCGGCACCCAACACAUGCACUUCUCUAAUAACGCAACUCAUUGGCGCACCAGCUCAAGUGGUGUGGCCUUUCGUUCGCAGCUUCGAUAACCCACAAAAAUACAAGCACUUCGUCAAGAGUUGCAAUAUGAAAGGCACUGGUGGAAUCGGCAGCAUAAGAGAGCUUACAGUAGUUUCUGGGCUACCAGCUUCUACGAGCACAGAAAGGCUAGAGAUUUUGGACGAUGAGAAGCAUAUAUUAAGCUUUAAAGUGGUUGGCGGUGAGCACAGGCUGAAUAAUUAUCGGUCGGUGACAUCGGUUAAUGAGUUUAGCAAGGAAGGGAAGAUUUACACAAUUGUUUUGGAAUCUUAUAUAGUUGAUAUACCAGAAGGGAAUACUGGCGAGGAUACGAAAAUGUUCGUAGAUACUGUUGUGAAGUUGAAUCUUCAAAAGUUGGCAGUUGUAGCAAUGGCUUCUCUGGAUGGACAUGAAUAAAUAUGAUGGGUGUUAAUUUGGUUGGGGGUGGUGGCGAUGGCGGUGUCGACGAUGGUGACCUACGGGUGCCGUGGUCAAGAUGGCAGGGCUCUCAAUAUUGAUAUGACGAUGUCUGAUCUCAGUAGCUAGUAUGGGUUUUUGCAAGUUGGGUUAUUUUAUUUGUAAGUUAUGGGCUAUCGUUUGAACUUUCAGCAUUUUCUCCUUAAUAAGUUAAAGAAAGUUCAA